AUGAUAAAAAUAAUACAUUUCUGUUUCCUGCUCCAUUCUGUGAACAACAUUCUAGCAGCCAACUUCACUUGUUCUAAUCCAUCUGGUAUAGCCUGCAGUUACGAUGAGGCUCGAGAUGUCCAUAUCUGUGAUGACAAUUCAUUCUGUUUGUUCGACGUGAGUGUUGAUGGAUUAUGCUGUUCAAUUUUCGAUAUAAUUUUGAAUCCUUCGUUUUUUGAAGAGAGCACGGAUGGCUGUUAUGACAGCGUGGAUGCUCGGACGGGACAGUCCAUUUGUUCGAGUUUAGCCUAUUUGUGUUAUAAUCAAAUGUACUUUGAUUUUAUGACACAGGAAUGUCCAAAAACUUGCAGAAGAUGUUCUGAAACUCGAAAUUUCAACAAAGCAGUUGAAGAGCCGUUCGUACGACUGUGUGAAGAUAAGACUAAUCCAACUACGGGAUUGAGUGAUUGUCCAAUCAAUAAGGGUUUAUGCAAUAACAGUUACUAUGGUAAACUCAUGGAGGAGGAAUGUCCGGAGACAUGUGGACUUUGUUGA